UGGUCGCGCGGAUAUGGCGGAGGAGGUGCGGCAGGAGCUCUCGGCGCUGGCCGCGAUCUUCUGCGGGCCCAACGAGUGGGAGAUGUUGAGCUGUUCAGAGACAGACGGGGCUGUAUUUAGAAUUCACACAACAGCUGAAGGACUUGUGGGUGAGGAUGUGCCCUUACAGUUGGUGUUCCAUUUACCAGCCGGUUACCCUUUGUGUCUACCCGGCAUCUCGGUUAACUCGGAACAUCUGACCAGGGCCCAGUGUAUUACCGAGAAGGAGAAGUUACUUGGAGAAGCCAGGAAGCUCGUGUCAGAACCAAUGGUUCACGAGCUGGUUCUUUGGAUCCAGCAGAAUCUCAGACGCGUCCUCAGCCAGCCGGAGACUGCAGGCAGCCAUGAGACGUGCACUUUGCCUGACAGCGAGACGGUGGACGAUGGACUGUGGAUGACUCUUUUGCGUUUAGAUCACAUGAGAGCGAGGACUAAAUAUGUCAAAGCCGUGGAGAAGUGGGCUUCAGAGUUAAGGCUGACAGGAAGACUGAUGUUCAUGGGUAAACUAAUACUGAUUUUACUACAAGGAGACAGAAGCAACAUCAAGGAGUACCUGAUUCUUCAGAAAACCUCCAAAGUAGAUGUGGACUCAAGUGGAAAGAAAUGCAAAGAGAAAAUGAUUAGUGUACUGUGUGAAACAAAAGUACAAACGGAACACAAAAGGUUUCUGGCAUUUGAAGUCAAAGAGUAUUCAACACUGGAGGAGUUACAAAAGGAAUUCGAAGCUGCAGGACUUCGGGAGCUCUUCUCAGAGUGUGUACUGGGGCUGGUGAAAUGAGGAAGAAAAGCGAGUCCUGUUUUAUGGAAUAUUAAACAUGAAAAGAUCCCAUAUAUUCUAAUGUUUGCCAGAAAAGACUAGGUUCAAUAGACGGGUUGUGGGGAGGAGAGAUAAACCCACCACAGUAAAGGAGCUGUUGUUUUUAUAGAGACAAUUUGUUUAGAAGUCUGCAAUUUUCAGGCUAAUUUUCUCGUAAUUAAAUGAUUUCUUAAAGUGAUUUGUUUUCAUGUUUACUUUCUCAUGUUUACGUUUUUUGCCUUUUAAUCAUGCUUCCUCCCCAUUCCUCUUAUUAUGUUUUAAGUUGAAUGUUGAGAAAAAUCUAACACUCAUUUCUUGGUGCGGUUGCAUAAAUCUUUGGAUUAAAUACAAAGCCAAGAGGUUUUACAGAACACAGUUGCUUUCUGGUGUUUUAAGAGGACACAGUAUAGCUAGCUGGAAGACUACAUAGUGAGUUCAAUUUGAAAUUCAUAUUUGAAAAAAAUAACUUCUGGUUUUACAAGGGAGAUGUGUCCAACCAAGUGAACCUUUUGUUUUCUGGAUGGAAAACAAACCAAACUGUAGCUCCACAAUUUUCAUUGUGAAAUCUUUCAAAUAAUGGUAAAAUGCACUUUCUAUGUCCAAGGGGAGAUAAACUCGCAGCAUAAUUAUUUGUAUUAAAAUUUAUGAUGAAAAGUAAAA